AGGAAAUUUAUUACUUUUCAAUGUUUGGUUCAUUAAAAACAAUUAAGUGGAAGGAAAUGGGAGGAAUUGGAAGGAAAGACUCUUUAAUAAAAUUUCACUUUCCUUUCCUCCCAAAAGCGGGGGAAUUCGGAAGGAAAGAGAAAAUUUAUACCAAACAUGGGAAAUUAAAGUUUUUUUUUCUUUCACUUCCAUUCUUUUCUUUUCUCUUCCCGUCCUUUCUCUUCCCUUUCUUUCCUUUACUAAAAAUGAACCAAACACACUGUAAAAGUAUGUUUUACAGAAUUAUUAAUUUCUACCCUUAUCUUUUUUUUAUUUGUAAAUCAUUUACUUACUUUGUAUCUAAUCUUUUGGGGUGAAAUUAUCCUUGUUAAAGCUUAGAUAUUAUUUCUUGCUUCACUUUGUGAAACCGAAUUGUAAUCUUUUGAUAUUUUUUAGGUUGUCUAAGAAGCCUGUUCUGACUUUUUUUUGUUUUUUUUCCCAAAGAAGGAUUCCAGGCAUAUGAUGCUAAUAUUAGAAUUGCGAGCAUAUAUAUAUAUAUGCAAUUGCAAAUACAUGAAGCAGAUGAAUGAACAUAGGUCUCUCGUCAUAAGUGUAUCUGUCAAAAGAUUGGCUAACCACUAGUAACUAAUACCAAGUUACCAAGAGUUCUUUUGAGUGUCACAAUCAACAGUACAAAAUCCCUGAGUUUGGCUAAUGUAAAAAUGGAGAGACCAUUACGUAGACAGGUUCGUUUGAGAAUAUUCGAAAAGGGAGGAACUCUCAAGCAAUAAUGGACCCAAACAAUCUUCGCAAGCAAAUGACUGGAGUCUCAGCUCAUCAUCCUUCCCCUCCUCUGGUAGAAACAUUAGAGUUGCAAUGGCAGCAACAUGACAUUCCGGAUAGCCAAAACAAUGUGGGGUAUGCAGUACAUCUUGACAAGGCUCAGAAGGAAAAGAAUAGCACACACUCAGUUACUGCUUCUUGAUCGAACUGUGAAUUUUUCAUAUAUGUUUGAAACAUUUGUCAUUGUGACAGUUUAAAUUUAACUGAUGGUUGUACAUUGAUUUGCUGCAAACAACCGUACGAAGUCCCAGAAUAUCGCAAAUGGGAGGAUGAAGAAAAUGUUAAUAACAUGACUUCCUUUGAGAAUGCAGAAUUCUUGGGCAAUGAAAAGUCCAAGCAAUGUUUAUAAGUUAACAGAUAAAUCUCCUGACGUAGCCUCGGCUAAGUCUUCUUUUCUUCCUUCUUCUGUAGGAAGAUCAGAGCCACAUGGACAAGUCCUCCCUAUUUCCUUGAAAUAUACUCCUGGUAAUUCGUAUGUUUACUGUAUUCAGUAGAUUUUGGUUUGCUUCUGAAGUGUGUUACUGUUCCACAUUGUGAAUGAGUUUUCGCUUGAUCACAAGUCUCUUCAUUAACUGUUAGAAAAUUUAUUAACUAUCGCUCUUCAUGAUAUAAGUGGAUUUAGUUCUGUUACUAUGGCUCUAGCUGAUAUAAGUGGAUUCAAAUUUUUUUAAGCUUCCAUGAAGUGCAUCUUAUUAUGUUGCUAACCUCUUCAUAAUGUAUUUUAUUUUAACUAGGCACCCUUUUUGUUUUCUUGAUGAGGAUGUUCUUGAAAUGCAGAAAGUUGCUCCAGAGUAUCACUAUGAAAUGGCUGGGAUUGCUUUGAAAUAUCACAAGGAGACUCAGGUUUACCUUAUAUAUAGUAAACACUCACCGAAGGGGAAACAAUGAGAAGUUGCAUUUAUAUCAAACUAUCUAUAUUAUUUGAAAGGGUGUGACCUUCAACAUUAUUCUGCUUACAUUAAGAUUAGACCAUUGAAUCUCGAUAUUCUUUGACGACACACUAGCUUUUUACCACUGGGCUGAAAAACAUUCUUGCUUAGUUGCUUUACCUUGUGAAAACUGGUUUAAAAGAUUUUCUGGACGCCAUAAUUACGGUCGCCUUAUUGCACAUUUGCACGUACUCAUAACCGCCCUUGUUUCAUUCAUCAUCCUAGUCAAACUCCAACUCAUUCAUAUUUUGGGUGUUUAGCUCUAUAAUCAGUUCGAAAAUCAAACAGAAUAUUCAUCAAUUUGGGUCAUUUCUAUUCAGAAUUUAAUUGAGUAUCUUUAAUCUCAGGCCAUAGCCACAAUGUCUAUAGUAAUGGAAUUUUCAGCUCAUCUAGCUCAGAACUAUUCUUUUAUGUAAGAUGUUUGAUGCUUACUAUGCAGCUUGAGUGAAACCUUGAUGGAAAUUUUCAACUUCAUAUUUGAAUAUUCCUGCCUGAUAGUUGAUGUUCUUUCUACAUUUUAUAAUUCUCUCAAUCGUUAUCAUUACAAAACUCAAACUUUGCUCUAAUACCAAAUCAUGCCAAUGUCAUUUUGUCUAGUGUCUAGUGUCUAUUUACUAAUUCAUUAGAAAAUGAGUUGUCGUUGAUUUAGCAUGUCCACUAAGGCUUUUAAGCUAUGAAUCUUUCAACACAAAAUAUGAUCAAAAUAUAAUGAGCAAUCACGGUCAUUUUUCCAUAUUGAUAUCUAUCUUUCAUAUAGACACCGCAAAAUGCCAAUGUCUUUGACUCCUAAUUUAAUCAUAUGAAGCAAGUAGAUAAUUCAAUCACCUGACAGUACCAGCAUAUUUCCAUUUCAAAGAGGUCAAAUCUCUUGGAUAUAAAGAUACAGGAGUAGUUUUUUUGUCUGUGUUUAUCUCAGAGCUCGGUAUUCAUGGCUGUAAGUAUCUAGUCAUUUCUUCUUUAUAUAUAAAAAUCUUCUGCUUGCGUUUACAUUUGAGCUUCUGGCGUGAAAUUAUCCAUGUUGAAGCUUGGAUAUAUAUUCUUGCUUUUUUUUCCCUUAAUGAUACUCUAUAUAAAGGUUUCCUAAGUGGCUUGUUUUUAUUCUUUUGUUCUUGUCUGCCAAGAUGUAUUAGUUUUGAUAGUCUUUUUUAUUUGUUGUAUAGGUCUUUUUUAGUUCUUAUUAUACAUUAAUCUGUCAAAAAUUGACCGCCUGUAGUAACUAAUACUAAGAAGUGAGAACUAUUAUAAUUGUGAUAACCAACAGUACAAAGUCCCGGAGUUUGGAAAAUGGAAGCAUGAUAUUACAUAUACAAGCUCCUUUGAGAAUGCUCGAAAAGUGAGGAAUUCUCGAACAAUGAUGGACCCGAACAAUCUUCAUAAGCAAACAGAUUGCUUUCUGGAAAAUGAAGCCUCAGCUCAGUGUCCUAGUCCUCCACAGGUAGAAACAUUAGAGUUGCAAGGGCAACAAAAUGGGGUUUCGGAGAGCCAAAUUAACAGGGGGUAUGCAGUAUGUCUUGACAAGAAUCAGAAGAAAAAGAAGAGCGCACAUUCAGUUACAGCACUUCUUGAUCGAAAUUACAAAGUCCCAGAAUUUGGCAAAUGGCAGAAUGGAGAGAACGUUACAUAUACAACUUCCUUUGAGAAUGCCCGAAGAGUGAGGAAAACGAUGGAUCCAAGCAAUAAUGUUAAUGAGUUCACAGAUACAUUUCCUGAUGGUGAAGCCUCCGCUCAGUCUCUUCUUCAUCAACCUGCUGUCGGAAGAUCAGAGCCACAAGGACAGCAAUUCGAAAUUAGAGAAUACGGGGUUCAGGAGGCUGGAAACAUGGGUUAUUCAGAAGAUCUUGACAAGGCUCAGAAUAAUAAAACCAGUACAUAUUUAGCCGAGAAACUUCUUGAUCAAAAUCUCAAAGUAUCAAAAUUUAGUGCAUCCGAUGGUGCAGAAAAAUCCCCAUGUGUUUUCUUUCAAAGUGCUGGAAAGACCAAGAAGAGGUCAAUGUUAAAAUUAAAUGAUUAUCCACAAAACUCUGGUAAAUAUUCACAAUCUGGAGGCCAUCUAACUGAGGAUCCUCCCACACAAAACCGAGUUGAUUCACGAAGACACAUGUCAAAAGUCCCUCAAUUUGGUGCCUGGGAAAAGGGAGACAAUGUCGGCUACACUAUUCGCUUCGAAAAUGCUCGGACUAUCAGACUAUCAGGAAGCUCAAAUGAUCCGAAGCUCAACCAAGACAUGCACCCUCCAACUCAGGCUCAUCCGACCAUAGCCAAACCCAAGCCACAAGCAGCAGGACAGCAUAUGAAAGAGAUAAAAUUUGGGGCUUGGCAGGGUGGAGGUGAAGUUUCUUACACUUCUUACUUUAACAAUGUCAGGAAGAAUAAUAUAAAAAAUGCGAGCAAAGCUAGACUAGAGCGUUCUGAUGCACCUAAAGAGGCUUGUUCCAAGGUGCCUCAGUUUGGUGCUUGGGAGGGGGGAGAAAGUGUUGAAUAUACAGUAUAUUUUGAUAAUGCUCGGAAAAAUAAGAUUGUGGGGUCCAGACCAUAUACCUUUGAGCCUCAGCUGAAUGACAAGACCAACAGAGCUCAGCCUCCUAAUGGUGUAACAAAGGCUCGAGUCGAGGGAACAGGAAAUCAAACUUUUGGGAGCCAAUUAUCUCUUUAUCCAAGAGAAGAAAAGCUUCAGAAUAGAACUGCUGCUUGUCGAGGAUAUCCGAUUUCUAAAGUAACAAAGUCUGGUGCCUGGGAAGACGGAACAAAUUUCAGAGCCUACUGCAAUGUCAUUGAAAGAGAUUCACCUGUUGCUGAACAGUUGUCUCUGGGAAGAGGAAACAGAAAGUUGUUUGACUCACGAGUGAAUAAAGAUUGAAGGAAAGAAGAGAUAUGUUCCUUGACUGUGAUGACCGUUUGUCUUCUACAAAAUUGAAGCUUAAGUUGGUUUGAAAUUUUAGUAAUAUUAUAACUAGGAAAAACUUGUGUAUGAUGAAUCAUUAAUAAGAGUUUUUUCUGUAAUACCUAUGAAUAAGCCUUGGAUAAUUAAGUUCAACAGUUAAAUUAUUCAAUUUUAAGUGAGUAAAACUGAAACUCUGAGUUUA